CGAGCCCAGAAAGGGAAUAUCCGCAACUCCUUCAGGGCAGUCUGCGGCCGACACAUGUAAUACGACCUUGGCGCACGCUUCGCGCACGUGGCGCCAUGGCUCUCAGCUCUCAGCUGAGGUCCUGAAUUAUCAUGUACAGGCCCGACAUGAAUAUCACCUAAUUGUUGUGCACCUACUCCGUAGGGGGCAUCUAGCUCUAAACCUAUGCUCUAAAGAACCAAAUCAACACCAUUGGCGAUACCAACACCGUUAUCAUGGCGCAGGUGAUCACCCUCGCCCAGCUCGGCGAGCACAAUACUCGCGAGGAUCUAUGGAUGGCAGUACACGGAAAAGUCUACAACCUCACGACCUUCGCCGAAGACCACCCUGGCGGCAUCGACGUACUCAAAGAGUGUGCGGGAACCGACGCAACGGAUUCGUACGACUAUGUUGGCCAUACGGCGGGCGCUACCAAAACCAUGCAGCAAUACCUUGUGGGUAGUCUCGAGGGUGCGAAGCAGGUAGCGGAAUCCGCCCCCGUCGCGAGCCCUUCUCCGGCGGCCCACCCUGGCGCCUCAGCAGCAAAGUCUGGGGGUCCAUUCAAGUCCGCCGUCCCGCUUCUGUCGGCGGCAACGGGGUUUGGGCUAUUGAUUCCGCUACGGUCGAUCGCCCGGAAAAGGGACGAGCCGGGCUUUAUAAGCGAGCUGUGGUCGCGGAUCGGAAACAGGGGGUUCGGCGACCCAACGACCAACGUUCUGUUUUAUAUCCUCAUCGCCGUGAUCUUAGCAGUCGGCGCUGGGUUCUCCUAUCUCUAUUCGGAGUUUGAUAGGACGCUGCACGAGAAGGAGGUGUUUUCGUAUCCGUCAGUCAUCCCGCGAAAGUCGCGCAAAUAACCAACACGAUGGAUGGCAUGAUUCGCGAAAUCAGCAUUGGUGGUCUUUGGCCUGU